AUGCUCCCCGCCGCGCCGCUCCUCUCGCCGCCGCGCCGCCUCGCGGCGACCCCGCUCCGCUGCCACGCCCCAUCCCAGCACCCCUCCGCCGUCUCCGCCUCCGCGGCGGCGGAUCGUGGUCUCCUCCUCCGUGGCGCCGGGUCCCCCGUGGUGAAGCGCGCCCCGGGCGGCGGCUGGCUUCUCUGGUACCAGUCCAGGGCGCGCGUCGCGCUCGCCACGUCCCCGGACGGCCUGCGCUGGGGCCCACCCGCCGAGCCCGACCCACUGCUCGCCUCCACCGACUGGUGGGCCUUCGACACCGCCGCCGUCCGCCCCUCCGACGUGCUCCUCUUCUCGUCCGGCUCCGGCUCCGACGCCUCGGUCCGCCGCAGCGUCCCUUCCUCCGCCGUGUACUGGCUCUACUACUCCGGAUCCACCGACGAGCGGUUCGGCUCCCCUUUCCCCGCCGCGGACGUCCCCUCGCUGCCAGGGCUUGCCAUCAGCCAGGACGGCCGCCACUGGGCCCGCAUUGAGGGGGACCACCACACCGGAGCGCUGCUCGGAGUCGGAGAGGAUGACGGGGACGAGCCCCGAGGGUGGGAGGCCCGCUGCGUGGCGGCUCCAAAGGUGGUGCUCCACGCUGAGGGGGACCUGCGGAUGUACUACCACUCGUUCGACGAAAUGUCUCAGAGGCACGCGAUUGGGUUGGCAAGGUCAAGGGACGGCGUCCGAUGGAGGAAGGAAGGCAAGGUGCUUGAGGGCGGCAAGGCCGGGUCCUUCGACGAACGCGGGGUGCGGCAGGGGCAUGUCAUCCGAGACCGUGCAGCUAGGCGCUAUGUCAUGGUGUAUGAGGGCGUUGAUGCGGAUGGGCGGGUGAGCAUUGGGAUGGCUGUGUCGGAGGAUGGGCUAAAGGGAUGGAGGCGGUCCAGUGAGUUGCCGGUUCUGCGCUCAUCAGAUGAGGACGAGGGGUGGGAUGGCACUGGGGUCGGAUCCCCUUGCUUGGUGCAGAUGGAUGGAGCUUAUGAAUGGAGGCUGUAUUACAUGGGUGUUGGCAGGGAUGGAGAGGCUGCGAUCGGAAUGGCAUAUUCACAGGGACACGGGCUUCAAAAAUUUGAGAAGUGUGAUGCUGUCCUCAUGUAAGGAGGCUAAGGUGUUGAACAAAGAGGUACAAUCUUAAUCCAGUACAAGGGGGUUGAUCUGUUUUGAAAAGCCAUGUGCAGAUGGAAGAACCUGUACUAUAGGCUUAAAUAAUGCAAUGCUGCAUAGUUAUUUCAAUGGGGCCAUGGUUGUCCUUACUUCCUUCGUUGUGAGGUAAGUGUUUAUCCCUGAACUUCCUUGUGUUCUAUGUGUAUCUGUCUUUAGGAUGAAAAUACCUUUGUCCUAUUCUCUUCCUAAGUGUAGUAGUACAGUUUUCUAUUCUAGUGUUGCUUUUGUUAAUUUUAUCGUUUCCCCUAGUUUUUGAGUCUAAAUCACUUUUUUA